CAUUCUCUUCACUUUCUCCGUUUCACGCUCCCUCUUCUACUCUUAACUAUCUCAAUCUUCCGCCGCCUGCUCUGAACCCUAACUCCACCGCCACCGUGCCCUUCUCUCUGCUCCGCUCGACUCAUCCUUCUCCAUCUUCAGUCUUGCUCCCUGGUUCUUCGUGUCCCGGUUAUAGACAUGGUUGAACAGGGCAGCCAGAGGAAGAGGCCAAACAUACUGGUGACUGGUACGCCAGGCACAGGAAAGACGACAAUGUCCUCUGCUCUAGCAGAAGCUAUCCAACUUCGCCACAUCAAUAUUGGAGAAUUGGUCAAAGAGAAGAACUUGCAUGAUGGAUGGGAUGAUGAGCUUGAUUGUUAUGUCGUUAAUGAAGACUUGGUCUGCGAUGAGCUUGAAGACAUUAUGGAAGGAGGCGGGAACGUUGUGGACUACCAUGGUUGUGAUUUCUUUCCUGAGCGAUGGUUUGAUAUUGUGGUGGUACUUCAAACCGAUAACACUGUGUUGUAUGACCGAUUGAGCAAGAGGGGAUACACUGAGUCGAAGCUCUCCAACAAUAUUGAGUGCGAAAUCUUUCAAGUUCUGCUUGAGGAAGCUAAAGAAAGUUACCCAGAGGACAGAGUUAUUGCAUUAAGGAGUGAUACUGUUGAAGACAUAAAUAGAAAUAUUGCAACUUUAACAGAGUGGGUGACAAACUGGCAUCCCCGAUCUUAGUCGCAGCAAACUCAAUACAGCAAAAGCAGGACCCUGUACAUAUUGUUUAUUUGUUUUGCUGUGUCUUCUUCUUUGUACUGUUUUCCUUUUGAGUUUUUGUUUUGUAUUGGAACUGGCCUUCUGCCUGCUGUUUUCCUAAGUUGAAUUGCUAGCAUGCAGUUAUCUUUAAAGUUGUAUCUAUGCUAAGUUCCAAUAAUACAAGAUGGUAUGAACAUGGGAACUUCCUCAGAAUCCAGCUUUCGUUCUGGUUUGGGCUGCGUUCCAUAUACUGCACGAUUGUAAGAAAAACUGUUUUAGCUGCGAGUGUGAUGUUGAUUUUUUCCCCGCAUUGGGUUACAGCAAAAAUGAGAUCGCUGCGUUAGACAAGGCACUAUGAUAUGUGCCACAUUGCUCAUCAAUCUGGUUGAGGCCGACACGGAUAUAAUCCUCAAACUCAACACUUUGAAGCCAAAUCUCGAAGGCCUGUUUACUAAUAAAUCCUCAUUCCAAUCCAAAGCGAACAAGUUAUAUGCCUUCCAUAAAAAGGAAAUAUUGCUAACAAUACGCUCCAAAAGAUAAAGAGAAGGGAAAACUCCAUGCAAAAUCACACCUUUUUGGUGGUAGAGAAGAGAGAACAUUAUUUCACUCUUGCGCAGCCUCUCCAUGAUGAAAAUGUAACUUUAUUUGUAGCGAAGAGGCUAGCCUUUAAAAUGGCCUGGCACGCAAAAUAUAUAACUGGAGCACAUCGCUAAGGAUGACCUAUGAUCGUGCAGACAGACUUCGGGAAUUACGGUGAAGCAUCUUCAAUUUUGCAUGCCAAUGCGACCCGUGAUUUUGUCCCUCUGAUUUGCAUGCUUUGCUUUGGCAGGCCCUUGUCAUCUCUGGGAAGAACUCCACGGCAGAGCCCCGCCUCAACUUGGUGAUGCUCGAUCGAUUGAUCACAUUGGGUUACACUAAAAACAAGUCUUAUUGCAAAUUUGGCAAAGCUAUAAAGUACAAAACCUUGCACAUUUUUCGACACCAUUCCCAUUUAAAAUAAAGGACUCUCCCCUCUUUUCUUUUCUUCUUGUUUUUUUUUUUUGGUUCUUUCCUAGACUAGUCUAUCAGUUUAUGUACAACAUAUCCUCCUCAAAGUCGAAUGACCCGGAAACAGAGGAUGCAUUCGGAAGCUUCAGAAACGUUGGGAGGCUUGGCAAUCAGCAGCCCUCGCACAGGCAAG